CUGGAAGUGGAUAGGACACACAUUGAGAACAUCAUCAAAGUGCAUCACGAGGCAAGCGCUAACUUGGAAUCCCGAAGAAAAACGGAGAAGAUUAAUAUCAAAGAGUACAUUACGUCGGAAAUUUGAAGCAGAUAUUAUAAGAAUGAAUAGCAACUGGAAACACGUGGAAAAGAUUGACCAGGAUAGAUUUGAAUGUAGAACUCUGAUGAGCGGCCUAUGCUCCACCACGAAGGGUAACAUGUGUAAUUAAGUAAUAUUUUCGUAGGAGAAAAGUGACCUUCUUUAUGGAUAAAAUCAUAAUAUUGAACGUGUUUAUAAGAUCACAGGAAUCGUUAAUUACAUUAUGAAAUCUAGUGAACCUUGAAUGUAACAAGCGCCUAGUAAAUUAUCUUUUAAACAUAACCAUUCUUAUGAACUAGAAUCUUGAUACUUUAAGCUAUCAGUUACACACAAACUAGGCUCUUAGAUUAAAUAGAAGGUAUUAAAUACAGAUUACAUUUGUAAAAUCUUUACUGAUUAAGAUUAAUAUAUAAUUUACGCAGGAAAAAAUGGAUUCUUAAUUUGUUUCUAUGCUCAUAAAAAUUUACGGAAUGUGUAUUAAACAUACCAGUAAACUGCCUUGGCUUGAAUCGAUAGAUUGCAGUAUAAAUGGUAGUGUAGUGAACGAGAACACAAAUGGGGAGGGGCAUUGAAUGUAUUCGAACACACAGAAUAUCUCACUAACAUCUGAGGACCAUACAGUGAAUACUCAAUUUGUAAAAUUUCAAUUAAUUGUCUCAAACUGGACUGUUCCUUUUGUAAAUAUCAGUCAAUCGUCUCAAACUUCAUUAUUCCUACAUUUCCAUACCAAUUGCUUUCUGUUCCCUUUCUUUCCUCCUCGAUCUUCUGCUGCCAGACAUUUUAUUUCUGACUUUCAUUAUAUACUACUCAUGUCGAUUUAAGUAGCACACAACAUAGUUGUUUCAAUAUUCUUAUUUCCUACUAUUUGAUAUCAUUUGAAAUACUUCUAUCAACUUGAUUCCCAUUAGUUAAUGAGUUUUAUAUGCUCAUACUUAUUGAUAACAAUUUAAGAGAUUAAUAGCACCAAUCUUAAACAGAUUUCAUCAUGUUUUACCAUUUAUGUAACUAAUCUUUGCUAUAAGUAUAGAUUAAAUUCAUAUCUAAUUUGACAUUUAUUUAGGUUUAUAGUAUCAUAAAUAGAAUUAUCUUGUACUAUUAUCUUAUGUCAAUCAAAUUAAUGAAUUUGUUUUAUUGGGUUUGAAUCUCGCGGGGUGAGAUCGUGGAUGAGGAGUCCCGUACUAGAACGAAACAACCAUCCAGUGCUUCCAGGUUGUCCAUGGUAGUCUAGCAUCAAUCGAUACAUGAAUUCAACAACUAAACUACUAUAAUGUUCAAAAAAACCUCUUCUGAUACUAAUCAGCAUAUACUCACUAGUGACUAGCUUCAAGAGGUAUUUCCUCAAGUUCUAGUGAAAACCCGCGACCAGUGGAAUUCAAUCGGUUCUGUUGUGAGAUAGUAACUCACUGAAGACAAUGGUGGAUGGUGGCGCAACUUCGUGGAUUAGUUGAAUUCAAACAUUAACACCUUUCGAUGCCAGCUUGGUAAUUCAGUUUUUAAGCGCUUACGCUUGAGACCGAUAGGUCCUGGAUUCAAAUCUCGUGAGGCGAAAUUGUAGAUGUGCACUACUGAAGAGGACUCCUAUACUAAGCUGAAACAGCCGUCUAGUGCUUCCAAGUUUUUCAUGGUGGUCUAAUUUCAAUUGACUCAUGAUCUCAACUAUUGAACUUAGUAUAAUAUCCACAAAACCCUCUCUUACUAUCCUAUUUUCUUUAUGUUUACAUUGUUCGUGAAUGUUUUUUUUAUAAACAAAUAAACAAACAAAUCGAAAUACUCAAUGGGAUAAGGUUUAGUUUUGCUUACAUAAUUUAUGUUGUCUUAUGGUGAUAUGAUUGAUUCAUUCAGUAGUAUUAAUAGUAAGAUUUCAAUUUUCUUUAUAUUUAAUAUGCUUUAUUGUUGUUGUUGUUGUUUUUGUUUAUAUACAAGAUUGAAUUAUGGUUUUCUAUAGGGAUAGAAUUUAUAAUCAUUAUUUAUUUAUGGUUAAAUGUCAUUGAUCAUGUUAUCGGUGAUUCUAUUGCGAAGCUACUGGGUUUUUUAGAUACAUGAUAAUAAUAGUUAAGAUCAUGAGUUAAUUGAAGUUAGAUCACCAUAAAAACAACCUGGAAGCAUUAGAUGACAGUUUCAUCCUAUUGUGGAGUUCUUCAAUAGUGAUUGACUUCAAGAGGUACUUCCUGGAAUUCUAAUGAGAAACAAUGAUCAACUGGAGUUCAACCGAAUCUAUUGUGAAAUAGUAAUUCAUGGAAUAUAAUAGUGGAUAUAUUGCUCAAUUUCGUGGAUUGGUUAAAGUUUGAUAUUACCAUCAAUGGAUGCUAGCUCAAUAGUCUAAAGGUUAAGUGUUCAUGUAUGAGACUGAUGGGUCCCAGAUUCGAAUCUCACAAAGGCAGGAUUGUAGAUGUGUACUGUUAAAGAGUUUUACACUAAGACGAAAUAGUCAUCCAAUGCUUCCACGUUCUCUAUGAUGGUCUACUUUCAUUGGAUUCAUAAUCUAAACUAUUGAAAAAUAAUGAUUUGGUGAUGAUAAUUUAGAUCAUGAAACUAAUCCAAUUGUGUUUUAUUUAAAAUGAUUGAAUAAUUUUUCAGGUUGGUGUUAAAUCUGGUGGUUAGUACUACUGUGAUCAUGUUAGUGACAUAAUUAGUUACUAGGUGGACUACAUAUCAAACUUUAGAAGUGGAUGUAAAUUUUAUUUUACUAUUUUUUUUUGUUUGUUUUUUCGUUUUAGAUUGAAUUUUUCAAUAUUGUUCAAGCACCAAUUAUGUUAAAUGAACAAGGAAUUUAUUUAGUGACUUAUCCAGAUCAACGACCAACUGGUGAUGCAUUUAUUCUAUUUUCUAAUGAUAAUAUAGCAACUAAAGCAUUAACACGUCAUAAAGAUUAUUUAGGUGAUAGAUAUGUUGAAUUAUUUAAAGCAUCACCAUCUGAAAUGGUUCAGGUAGUUGUUAUGGUGAUAUAUAUAUAUAUAUUUUUUCUAUAAUAGUUACUAAGUAUUCUAUUACAUGUGUAUUGUAAUCUAUAUCUUUGAAUAACUGUCAAAGAACUAUCAUCAUUAUUGAGUCUUCUUACAAACAAACAUUUGUCGAACCAAAUUUUCUCUCUAUCAAUUGUUGUGAUAGUUUAAAGUAUUUGAAUGAUUGUACGAACUAGGAAUUCCUAAAAUAACAAGAUUCAAGCCAAAAAAGAACUACAAGAGCACAAAUGGCUGAGAGUGAGGAGAAUCAGCUCUCCAUAUUGAAAUACAGCCACUACCAGCGAAGUCCCACUCAUUACAUCACUGUUGUUUAUGAAAUUGAGGGGAUGAAAAGCGAAUUUCCGGCACUUUAACCGGGUUGAUGGAUAUGAAAGAUCCACCUGGGGGAGUUGGAAAACCCUCAUUCCAAACCAAUGGUGCACACGAGCUCCAAGAUCCUAAGAAAGCAAAUGGAGUAUGAACGAAUUAUUAGUCACCGGGUACUAUGGGAUUGCAUCUCCAUAAGUUGCUCCACUUCCUUGUAGAUUAGACUUUCAGGUCGAAGGUUCCGGAUAUGGCCACUUAAGGAAACCACCUACUUCGGUUUGGGUACCCUGGCAAUAUCAUACACAAACAUCAAGUGACUUAUGUGGUGCAUAUGUGUUUGGUGCCCCUUUGUGCACCUUUGUGCCAAUAUUUAAGUGUUCAAAUAAAUAAAUAAAUAAAUAAUUUAGAAUUCAAAAUCAAGCAUUCACCAAGUACAAAGGAAUCGUUAGUUCACAUAAACACUACAGUUGUAUAUCUAUUCUUUAAUUAAAGAGAGAAAAAUAUCAUAGACAAUACUCCAUUAUCAAAUAUCUUUAUGACAAACUAACACAAACUUACCUGAUUAUUGGAUAAACUAUUCUCAUGUCAGAAAAUGGUUUUAGAUCAUUGAUAUAGUUUAGUGAAACUGAUCUAGUUACUUGACUGGAGUUUGAAAGGUCAAUCAGUUACAACGUAGGAUCAGGCACAUACAUGCAUCAGUCCAAGUUGCCACACCUCAUUAGCACAGCAAGACAAACACCGAAUUCAUAGAAGCACUUAACUCAAUGGUGUAAUAUAUAAAGGAAAGAUUUUAUGUAAGCUCCAUUUCCUAGAUCAAUAUAACUGAUGGUGUGUUAUCAUCUACCAUACCACCAGGUAAUCAUAUAAUUGUCUAUGUUAAGGAUUAUAAAAUAAAGUUAAAAGUAUGAAUGAGAAUGGUAAGAAGAAAUGACAUAUAGGGUAUGUAAGUCCUACCUCAUAUAUUCAUCAGCUUAAAACAAACACUAUGUGAAAGUGGGUUUAAUAGUUUAACCUACUAUUGAAAUAAUGUACAUGAAUAGUUAUGGUGACAUCGCUUGAUAUUGGCAUUUCAGAUAUCACAAAUUCAUCUGUAUGAAAAAGUGAAGCAUUGUUUGAGUAUUUACUUUCUAAUGAGCAAUUCUCCCUAGAGUAAACUUUCGGAUUGUGAUUACAGAAUUUCUGUAGGCAUUUUUGGACAGUGACUCAGAUUACUUAACAAUCUACAAACCUUAAUAAAAACCCAUCUGAUCGUUCUAUAAAGGAACGAAAACAUGAUGUAUGAAGCACACACAUACACAUCAACUAAGCCGAUGCUCCUCCACGAGGAGUAACAGACGUAAGUAAGUAGGUAAGGAAGUUGUAUUGUGCUACCAAUCAGAUUUGUACUAGUUUACUAUGCUUUUUUCUCAGUGGUCUAUUUACUUUAUUUUUAUUUUUGACCAGGUUUGUCAUAAUGUAACACUAUUUCAGUGCUCAUCAUCUGGACAAAAAACACAUUCAGCCUUAUCGAACAUUCAAUCUAAUGGAAUCAUAGGAGUACCACUAAUAAAUGGAGGAACACAAAUCAACUGUUCUAAUCUAGUCAAUUUUGUAAACAAUAGUAAUACUAACAGUAAUAAUAACAAAGAAACUUAUUUAAGCCCAGCUCUUACACAUUUGAAAUCGGCUAUCAGUACUGGAGCCCUAUCAAAUGUACAAAAUCUAUGGAAUUCUGGCACAAUCCCUUUGGGUUUAUCACAUAACUUAUUAACAUCAAGUGGAACAGGAUUGGAUUCAUCUGGCUUAAACGAGAAUUUAUUAUUAAAUAAUACAUUAGGAGGUAUAUCAUCAUCCAUACCAAUGAUCUCACCAAACAAUUCUUCAGUGAAUCUUAAUGUUUUACCAAAUAUAGCUAUUACAAAUCCACUCAUACGUGACCUAACUGAUCCAACAGAUCCUGAUUGUCCAUUUGCAAGACCGAUGCCAAUUGGUGGUGCAUGUGCUAUGGUUCAGUUGAAUGAAUUGCCCAUGGAAACAUCCAGGCAUGAUAUUCGAUUGUAUUUGGGUCCAGCUAAUUUUGCAAAGGUUUAUCGUAUGAGAAGGAUGGUAAUUAUUUUGCAUUAUUUACUAAAUGGUUUUAUUUAAUAUGUUUAUCUAAUGAAUCUAGAUGAACAAAACUCAUCUGUAUUCAAUAUCCCUGAUAGUGCAAUCAAAUAAACAGUUCACUCAUUUUAGUUCCAUCUAAAUUGUCGUUAAGUUUAUUAUGAUCCUUAGUUUAAAUAAUGUACCUAAAGCCAUCAGAAUAGAGGUUUACGGGAACGAACAAAUGUUAUUGACAUCAUAGAUCAAGUUAGACAUACAUUAACAUUCAGGAAGUAUUCAACAGACGUUUUGUCCUAGCAUAGAACUCCUUGACAGUGUGUACACACGUAUUCAACAGGGGUCAAACUCUGGAUCUUCAAUCUUGUAUGUGAGUACUCAGUCUUUAAACCAGUGAGCAGAAAUCUAAUAAUAUGAGUGUUUAACUCCAGUUAAUUGGCUACACUGAGUGACCAUCUUCCAUUGUCUUCAGCAUGUGUAUUCCUCGCACCCAACACGUUUGAAAUAGUUUUCAAUAGAUGUCUAACUUGAAUUGGCUUGUGAUAUCAAUAGUACCUAACGUUUUUAGUCCAGAAUUUGGUAUUUUAAACAACAUAAACUGAAGAUACAUCUAACAUUAAGAGUCAGUGAAGGAAAUUAAUAAUGAUGUUUUCUUUUUUUACUAUUUACAAUUUAAAUGAUAUUGUAGUGAAUGAGAAUUUAAGUGGGAACAAUCGAAUGUAUUUGAACAUACAUAAUCUCGUGGUAAAAUCUGAGAACUAUACAGUGAAGACUUCAUUUGCAAGAUGCCAAUCAAUUGUCUCAAACGUCAGGAUAGUCCAAAUUCAUUUUGUAUUGUUUGUAUGAAUCCUUCCAUUGAUGUAUAGGACCAGUGUCUUAUUAGCAAAUCUGCAUCCUGUAUGGAUUGCUUCGAUAUUGCCUUAAGUUAUAAGCCCUCUAAGUAAAGAUGGAUGGUGGCUAGCAAUGGAAUUCAGGACGCACGUUUUGUCUUAUUUAGGACUCGUCAGUUGGAUAUACCUGCAUCUCAGAGUUGAUGUUCAAUCUGGGACUUGAACUUAAUGAAUAUCAACUCUGGGAUGCAGGUAUAUCCAACUGACGAGCCGCAAAUAAGAUGAAACGCGCGUCUUGGACUCCACUGUUAGCCAUUAUCCAACCUAUGUAGUAUUUGAAAUAAAAGUAGAAAAACUCAGUCAAGUGAAUAGAGAUCCUCAACUUAACCGAUGUACUUAUUAUAACAGUGUUUGCUCAUUGAAAUAGAAUAGAACUAAAGAAAUUUCUACAGUAAAUACGAAAAAAAAUGAUGCAGUGCCCAUAUUCAUGAAGUGCAUAUUGUUGAUUAUUGACAAUAGCAUUAAAACACAACUUUCUAUGCUUUAAGAAUCCAGCGUUUUGAAAAUGGUUUCCGUCAGUCAGUCAGCUAUUAUACAGGAUCAGGCACACAUAUGCAUUGCUUCAGGUUGCUUCACUGCCCAAGGGACAGUUGCUUAAGGUCGAUCACACACAACCAUUUUGUGAGUAAUUUUCGUGUUAGCUCUGUACUUAUUGUAACCUUACCGCCGAAUACGGCAAUCCGUAGGAUGAGAUAUGCAUUUUUAUGGUCCACAUUUUUAACCCCCUCUCCUUGUGAGAAGGCAGCAUCGCUGUUAUACCGAUUGUUUGAAGGAAACACUCAACUGCUAUCACACUUCUUUACAGUCGCCAGUACAACUUCGCCUUCGAACUUUGAGUUUGCUACUAUUAGUCUUACCGCUCUUCAACUGACCUGUCUGACAUGGUAGAACCUUGAGAAAUGGUUAUUCCACUCAAUAUAGCUCGAUUAACUCAUCACGAUAGGCACAUCCGACCGAGAGAUGAUAGCAACCGACGGUUAGGGACCUUGAAUGACGUGGCUCAAAAUCGUUUGCAAUGGCGCAGGUGCAUCCGCUCUUUGUAUUCCCCGAAAUUCUAAUCUUCUGAAUUCUUCACGUCCCUUCUUUUUUUCUCUUUCUAAAUUUAUUUCACUGGAUUACACUCCUUGAAUAACAUCUUCAAACCCUAAUCUUUCCGAUUACUGCUUAUACUCUUACUACCUAUACCACUACGGGAUUUGAAUCGACAACUGCAUCUCUGUGCUAAUGUGGUAUGGCAACUCGAACUGAUGUACGUACGUACGAAAUUCUACGUUGUUACUGAUUGAUUAACUGACUGACUGAUACCCGACCACUACAUCAAGGUAGCAACAACAACAACAACGGUCAAUAGUUUCUAACAUUGAUAACAGAAUAUUCAAUGUUUUGAGAAACUAACAGUCACAGUAUGGAUAAUUCUUUUUGAUUUUUUGAUUUUUCAAGGAAACUAUUUCAAACACCACCAACACUAACAACAAUAAUCAUACAUCAUCAUGGUUAUUAUCAGUAAAGAAUAUAACUGAAGCUAUUCAAUUUAUUCAUGAUUUAAUUAGUAGACCAUUUACUAUUACUACAUUAUAUGGAAAUAAUCAACAAUUUAAAGUAUUAUCCAAUAUUCCAACCUUUGCAUUAUAUAAUAUUGAUAAUAAUGGUAAAUUAUCAAUUAUUGAUUUAUCAAAUAUAACAUAUAAUAUACCAAUACAUAGAAUCCAUAUGACAUCAUUAUUAAAAUGGAAUAGAUCAAAUCAUUCCAAUUACAAUUGGUCAAGAUCAACAAUAAAAUAUCCGAUUAAAACAAAAAUGAAUGAUCAACAUAUAUUCAAUGCAAUCACUUCACCAAUUCAAUUAUCAGAUACAAAUUUACCUAUCAAAUAUACAUCUUCAUUCAUAAAAAAUUACAAUAUAGAUAAUUAUAUUCAUUCAAUCUCUAGUCUUAAUCUUUCGCCAACAAUAGUUACCAACCAUGAUUAUGAAAGUUUAUUGAUUCCUUCAUCCAAUUCCAUAUUAUCUAACAAUGUAGAUCAUUCAAAUGUUUUAUUAGAUUAUAAAACUUUAUCUCAUUUAAAUACUCAAUCAAGAUAUAAUUUGCCAAAUCUUACAGCAUCAAUGGUUAUGUUAACAGGUUUACCAAUUGAUGUAACACAAGAAGAACUUGAAUCAUUAUUUAAACCUGUUAAAAAUCUAUUGACGGUUAGUUCCUGUGAAUUGACUUUAACUUUAUGUUUACUGUAAAUUUAUUAUUGAACGUUUCUUUUCAAUGGUUAAGAUCAUGAGUUAGUUGAAGCUAGACCACCAUGGAAAACCUGGAAGCACUGGACGACCGUUUCGUCCAAGUGUGGGACUCCUCAUCAGUGCUCAUCCACGACCUCGCCCCCUGCGAGAUUCGAACCCAGAACCUACUGGUUUCACGCGCGAGCACUUAACGACUGGACCACUGAGCCAACGGUGUUAAUGUCUAACUUCAACUAAUCCACGAAAUUGAGCGACACAUCCACCAUUGUCAUCAGUGAGUUAUUAUCUCACAACAGACCUUGUUGAACUCCACUGAUCACUGCUUCUCAUUAGAACUCCAGGAAAUACCUGUUGAAGCCAGUCACUAGUGAGCAUAUGUUGAUUAAUAUCAGAAGGGUUUUGUGGAUAUUAUAGUAAUUUCAAUGGUUAAGAUCAUGAAUUUUUUUUUACUAGAAUUUAUAAGUUCUCCUGGAUAAUUCAACCUGCUUAGUAUGUACCUUCAUGAAGGUCAUAUCGAAUUUCAUAGAAUUUAUGUUUUAAAAAUCAUUUGUCUACAAUACUAGUGAAGGCUAAUAUCUAAUAAAAACUGAAUCAACAGUUAGAUAAUACGAUAUGACUUAGUAUACAGUUAUGAAAUAUGUCUAUUUAAGGUGGAAUAUUAAUAGCAUACAACUCUUUUAUAUUAUGAAGUUAUAAAGUAGUUGUCACUAUUGAUUAGUUUUCGUAUCACUGAGAAAUUCACAUCGGUAUUGUUUGCUUGUAUCUUCCUAUUGUUGGUUUUUAGGACUACAGUUGAUCAGUCUCAUGUUGACAUAUAUGCAUUCUAUGCGGGUCGCCAUAAGUCACAAAUUUUAUAAGCAAAGAUGGAUGGUAGUUAACCAUUGAAUCCAGGACGUGCGUUUUGUCCUAUUUGGAACUCGUCAACUGGAUAUACCUACAUCCUAGAGUUGAUACAGGUACAUCGAAUCGACGAGUACCAUAUAAUACGAAACGCACGUCUUUCAAAGUCCCUGGUUGUGACACAGUCGUAGAAGUAUCUGCUUUUUAUAUCUGUAGUCUGCCAAAAAAAGAAAAUUGAGAGGACAGAUUCAUCAGAUCACAUUUUCCACUGAUCACUCAUCUCUCGUUGAUAAGUUUGCUUAUCAUACUAUUAGUUCAGUCACCGUUUAUAUAUAUAUAGAAAAAUAUAAACAUACACUGUUUUUUAGUACUGAAAAUAACUUAUUUAAUGUGAAUUUUGUAUGGGGAAGCUCUACUUAAAAAGGAAAUAGUUUAGGUAUAUAAGUCACCUUUGACAAUACUGCCUUAGUGUUUUGUAACAGUUCUCAUUAAAUCACCGACUGAUCAAUCACUCUAUCAGCAGUAAUUGAAGAAACAAAGAAGAAAAAUUAUGGUAAUAUACACUCAAAUAGUUGAAUAGCCCUCCGAAUGAGGAGAUUUUGAGAUGAUGGAGAAGAUUUGUAGCUCAUGUAGAUGAUUUUGAUAGAGUUUUGUUCUCUCAGUUGAAUGGUUUAGUCGUGGAGCUUUCAUUAUUCUUCUAAACGACAUCAUCAUCAGCACAAACUUCAGGUAGAAAUGAAGUGUUCGAAUUUUUCCACAUGUGCUUCACAGCUUGUCUUGUAGACCUCUAUGUUGAUUGAUUGGCCUUAAACUUAUUAUUGUUUACUUCCAAAAAAUGAAGUAAACGAUGACAGCUUUAAGGUCAACCAAUCAGCAUCGAGGUCUACAAGACAAGUUACGAAGGUGAGACUAGAAUUUAUGGACGACCUUUGAGCGACGCCAUAGUGACCUUGAGAGUGUCCACCUAAUAACUAUGAUCAAAUGAGGGUUAUAUAUAUUGAUUUGAGGAAUUAGAUUUAAGGUUUUCACCACGAACUGGCAUCAACUAAAAUAUCAAAACAGCUCGGAUAGCCUAGUGGUAACGUCUCAGGCUGUGAAGCUGGGUGACACGGGAUCCAAUCCAUCAGGGAGCACCAAGUCCCUAAAGAUUAUAGGUACAUCUUGCUGACGAGUGCCAAGUAGCACGAAGCCCGGGUUCAGGGUUUCUUGUUGACUACCUCCAACCAUCAUCUAAUCUCAACGUAGUUCAAACAAUGUCGAGUCACCUAGACUAGUGGCCACAUUGCAACUUGGUCGAUGGCAUCCGAUUUGCACUAAGAAAGACUUGAUACACAUGACAUUAAUCACCACCCAGUGAUCAAUCAGUUGUGAUAUCAAAACUCUUUUUAGCCGAAUGGAUGAGUGGAUUUCUCGCCUAAACCCGAGAUUUUUUAUCAUAUACCUGAUUGGUUCGUCCAUAAAUUACUCUCACCUCUGUGAACUACAUGUGGAUAAUUUCGAACCCUUCAUUUCUAGUUAAAGUUUAUGCUGAUGAUGUCAUUCAGAAGAACAGAUGGAAGUUCCACGAUCAAACCAUCCAGCUCAAAGAACAAAACUCCAUCGAAAUGAGGAAAUUUCAUUAGCUAAUUCAGUAUUUACUAACUGAAUAUACAGAGAUGAGAAAAAUGAUCGAUGUCUGAAUGAAGCAUUCCAAUAGUUGAAGUUAUAAACGGCUUCUCUAAUAGUAGAGAAUAAAGUUAAUAUAAUUAUAAGGGUUGUGGAGAUUACUAAGUUUUUGAUUAAGAUCAUUAACCAAUUGAUGUUAAACCACCAUCGAAAACCUGGAAGCACUGAACGUCCGUUUCUUACUAUUGUGGGACGAUUGUAGCGCAAUUUCGUGGAUUGGUUGAGGUUAGACAAUAACUCCGUUGGAUGCCAGCCAAUUCAAUGGUCUAGAGGUUAAGCGUUCACAAGCGAGAUCGAAAACUUUGGGUCCAUCCAGUGCAUCCAAGUUUUCCAUGGUGAUCUAAGUUCAAUCGUUUCAGGAUGUCAAUCAAAAAAUAGAGUUAUUCUAUUUACAUAAAUCUAAUCAGUAUUAAUUCUUAUUAGAUUUUACAUUAACAAAACAAAAAACAUUUCAUUUCAAUUCAUCAAGGCUCAACCAUACUUUAUACCAUUUCAAUAUCAUACAAAUGGAACAGCGAAUUUUUUAGCAAAUUUCAAUAAUCCAUUCGAUGCUCAAACUGCAGUAUAUUAUUGUCCAAAUGGUAGUUUAAGAUCAAAUAAAUAUAUAAUAGGUGCAGCUUGUUUAAUACCAUCAACUAAUACAAACAAUCACAAUUGCAUAACUUCAUCAUCAUUAUCAUCACCAUUAGUGCCUAUUCAUACAACUAAUAUACUAAACUCUAAUCAUUUGAUAAACACUUCAAAUUUAUUAAAUUAUGAUUUUAUCAAUUCAGGGAUUUCUCUUUUACCAUCAACAACUUCAACAAUUCAACACAAUAGAUUACAAUGAAAUACAGAUUUUCUUGUUGCUUAUACCCUACGUUUACAUUACAAACUACGUUUGUUCUUAUAUAUAUAUAUAUAUAUAUAUAUAUAUAUAUAUAUAUAUAUAUAUAUAUAUAUAUAUAUAUAUAUAUAUAUAUAUAUAUAUAUAUAUAUUCCCUGUCUUCCUAUCAAUUGAAUAGUUUGCUUUAAUUUCUUAAUGAACAAAUCAUUUGUACACACACACACACACACACACACUUUUUUUCCCCAAUUUGUGUAUAGUUGAAAGUUAUACUAGGGAUAAUUUGUUACAAUUCAGUUAUUUUUCUAAUCACUUUGUUUGUUUGUUUGUUUUCUCUUUCUUUAUAUUUAUGUAUAUUCUAAAAUAACAUUGAAGUUGUUUUUUUUAAAAAAAAAGAUUAAGUUUUG